AUGCGUCAAUCUGUAGCCACGUCUGCGCGGCAAUCCCAGGUGCCGAACCCUGCGGCGAACGCCGCGGCAGCAGCGCGACUGCUUGAGAAGAAGAAGGAAUAUGAGAUGGUCGCUGCGCUAGAUAGAGCCAGUGCACAGUUUGUGAAGCGGUUAGAGGAGCUGAGUAAUGAUUUCGAUGUCAUGGCGGACGCAGGAACAGUACAUGGCCAGGUCCUCGAGCAGUGGCCUAAUAUGUUCAGAAUCCUGAGCUUGUUCUUGUCGACGCGUGAAGGGCAAUCUAACAACCCCGAGGCCCAGCCUCCAGCCACUGGAGAGCGUCUCGUACGCGUGCCUGUCGAGGGAUUACGAUCGACAGACGAGAGGUCAACAUAG